AUGACUUCUACACUGGCCCAGGGGCUGGGGCGAAUCACAGACCAGCUGGGCUACCUGGUACUGAGUGAAGGUGCAGCACUGGCAUCACCUGGGAAUCUCAAGAGUGAUGAACAGGCAGCCAGUGCCAUCUCUGAGCUGGUCAGCACAGCUUGUGGCUUCCAGCUGCACCACGGCAUGGAUGUCCCCUUCAAUCACCUGUCUGUGGUCUUUAGAGAACACACGCUGCUGGUGACUGUGUCAGGACAGAGUGGGUUUGUGGUGAAGAGGCAGAACUGA